UUUCUCUCUUCCCGCAUUCUCAUCAUCAAUGAAAACCUUACUUCGUCCCAAACCCCUUUAACUUGGACCAAUUACAAUGUCUGCAGCAAUUGGCUUCUUCGACAUCCAACCCGCCUCAGAAGCAAGUCCAGUCACCACCCCACCCGCUACUCAUCAGAAACACUCAAGCCAUACUCCCACAGCAAUUGAACUCGAUGAAUUCUCAUUCGGUAAAAGUUACAAGGGCCCAGUUGAAUCCGGUGCCCAAACCCCGCGGGAGCUACUAUCAGGUGUGCAGACUCCUAUCGAGCCCAUCGCGCCCCGAACCCCGAAUGAGUUAGAGAUGAGCAGGCCUCCAUCGCCAAGGGGGGAUGAUGCGGUGGGGUUGAUGCAGAGUUGGAAAAAACCCCCGAUGAAUACGUGGAGAGUCUUGAGCUGUUGUUUGAUUUAUUUCGGGAACGGGAUUAAUGACAGCGCCCCCGGUGCUCUGAUUCCGUAUAUGGAGGAAUACUACCACAUCAGUUAUGCCAUCAUGUCCUUGAUCUUCGUCGGCAACGCACUAGGCUUCAUUCUUGCUGCCUUCUUUACCAACACGGUGUUGGGAAAGCUAGGACGAGCGAAGUCACUCAUAGUCGCCGAAGUGAUUAUGCUGGCUGCAUACAUCAUGCUCGUUACAGCACCGCCAUAUCCAGUUGUAGUCGUAGCCUUCUUCCUCCUUGGGUGGGGUAUGGCCAUCAACCUCGCCUUAAACAACGUUUUCUGUGCAAACCUUCAUCCUCCCACGGCAGUCCUCGGUGCCGCUCACGGCAGCUAUGGCGUUGGCGGAAUUGUCGCGCCAAUCAUCGCCACAGCCAUUGUCUCUAAAGGCACUCUGUGGUCGCGGUUCUACAUACUGUCCGUGGGCCUACGUCUCCUAUGCAUUCCAUUUGCGGGUUGGGCAUUCUGGUCCUACAAAGAGGACACUCCUCCUACCCUACUCUCUACCCUCGAACGAACCGCAAGUCGACAAGCGGCUAGCAAAGAACAAGAAUCCAAACUCCGCAACCUAAAACUAGCUUUAAAAAACCGCGUCACGGUCUUUGGAGCUCUUUUCAUUUUCGCGUACCAAGGCGCUGAAGUCUCCAUUUCAGGAUGGGUCAUCUCCUUCUUGAUCAAAUACCGCGACGGCGAUCCCGCAAGUGUCGGAUACGUAACUGCUGGGUUCUGGGGCGGCAUAACAGUCGGCCGCUUCGUCCUCACGCACCUCGCGCCUAAAAUCGGCGAAAAGAACUUCGUAGUCGGUCUCGUAAUCGGCUCGAUGGCCUUCCAACUCCUGGCCUGGCUAAUCCCAAACAUCGUCGGCAACGCCAUGGCCGUCGCCAUCCUCGGACUCUUCCUCGGCCCGGUGUAUCCCUGUGCGCAAACAAUAUUCUCUAAACUCAUGCCACGACAUGUGCAAACCACUGCUAUUGGAUUCAUUGCUGGAGCAGGCAGUUCGGGCGGUGCGGUGGCGCCGUUUACGACAGGGAUUUUGGCGCAGGUGGUGGGCACGUGGGUGCUACAUCCGGUUUGUAUUGGGAUGUAUGUUGUUAUGUUGGCUUGUUGGUUUGGGUUGCCGAAGGUAAGGAAGAGGACUGAUUGAUUCUGGGUUCCUGUUCAGAUGUGGAAAGGAGUCGUCCGGCUUCCCUGCCGGCAGUCGUGUCGCGUCAUCUGCUCUGGUCCACUUGAAAUAUCUUAGAAAUUCACCACGGGAUUAUCAUGAUUUCUUUAGGAAAGGGUUGCUUGCCACGUUCUGUGGGUCACUGGUAUACGAAGUUGAGGGUAUGUUAAUAUGAAGAUGGCGUGUUACGGCGAUAAUUCGAGUUUGGGGCAGGUCAAGAGGG